AUGUAUUCAAGUAAACUUAAAGAUGUACAGGUAGAUCAGACUAAACAACAAGACUUCCCAAUUGCAUGUGAAACAUGCUUUGGUGACAGUCCUUAUAUGAACAUGAUAAGAGCAGAGUUUGAUAAGGAAUGCAAGAUAUGUUCAAAGCCAUUCACGGUGUUUAGAUGGAAGGCUGGCACUGGUGGAAGGUUCAAGAAGACAGAGAUAUGUAAGACAUGUUCACUUGUGAAGAAUGUCUGUCAGGUGUGUAUACAUGACUUGGAGUUUGGUCUACCAGUACAAGUCAGAGAUGCUGCACUACAGAACUUUGAGAAGGCACCUGUAUCAGAUAUCAACAGAGCAUAUACAUCUAAACAGAAUGAGAUUAUGAUCGAGAAGGGAGAGCUGGACUUUGAUAACUUCCAACCAACAGAUGUCAUAGAGAAGCUGGCAAGAUCUAAACCAAACUAUACAAGGAAUCAGGCACAUGUUUGCUCGUUCUUCUUGAAGGGAGACUGUAAUAGAGGUAGUGCAUGUCCUUAUAGACAUGAUUCCAACAGCACGGGCAAGUUCCCAAAACAGAACAUCAAGGACAGGUACUAUGGCAACAACGACCCAGUCGCUAUGAAGAUGCUGGAGGGCGUCACGCCACAGCCACCCGACGACAAAUCAAUCACAACUCUGUUUCUGGGCAAUGUCGAUCCGCUCAAGGUCAAGGAGGAUGAUCUGCGCGCGUCAUUCUUCUCGUUUGGCGUCAUCAAGUCGCUGAGGAUCGUCGCACAGUCCAAGUGCGCAUUCAUCACAUUCGACAAGCGCGAGUCUGCCGAGACUGCCAUGGAUCAGUUGUUCAACAAGUUGAUCAUCGAUGACUGCACAAUCAGACUGAACUGGAGUAAACAGAACCAUCAAGCAUCAAGCAACAAGCCACAGCAUGAACAAAAGAAUAACAACAAUCAACAGCAUCAACAAUCGAGUAACAACAACAACAGUAAUGGAACAGAUACAGCAAAGGCGGACGAGGAGGAGGACGAUGAUGAAGGUGAUUAUAGUCAAGCGAUACAAUCAAUUGUAAAACAACAGCCAGCCAAGCCAGCACCAACCAUUCCAAAGCCUUCUGGAAUCAAGGUGAUGCCUUCAUUCAAGAUCAAUCCAACGCCACAAGGUACAUCCCACAACAAACCAUACUACAGCGCCAUGGAUCCAAACAGUUAUGGAGGUAGACUAUAA